AUGGAUUCGGAUGACAGGUGGCAGCCAUCCGGCGGGUAUGAGGGCUCCGAGUCCCAGAGUGAAAUCGCCUUUCCAUUGCCGCGGACUCCUAAAUCACGGAGAUCGGAGUUCGCAAUCGAAGCAGAGUACAGCAUGAGCUGGGUUUUAGACCCUCCCUGGUCACUGCGUAAGCCGAGACGGCGACGGUACCGACCACAGGCAGACCCCGAAUUCUGGGAGCCGGAUGAGGACACCAGCCACACUUUCGUCUGGCCGCAGGAAGACGACGGCAGUGUGAAAGAGGAAGACCACAGCAGCAGCAGCAGCACCACGCUUCCAUCCGAGAAGGAGGAGGGGGAGGAGUUCCUGCGCGACACUACGGCGAGUGAAGAGGCGGCGGAGCGCUCCGCCGCGAGGACGCCGCUGACGCUGAGAUCGAGUCUGGCAGCGGCUCUCGGCACAGUGUGCAGCUACAUUUGCGGCGUCUGA